GUACUCCUUCGCCGUGGUGGGACAAAAUAAUCCCCCUUUUUUUUUCUUUUCUUUCUUUCUUUCUCCCCCCCCCUUUCCUGAAGGGAGCGGGAGGGAUAAUAUUUCAUUUUUUCUCCUCCCCGGAAGAAUUUCCAACUAUUACCACUAUAAAAUAGAAGUUGCUUCUAACCGGAGGUGAUUUAAGACCAUUAGAUAAGGAAGGAGAAGGAAAAGAUUAUCUGAAAUCAAAGUGCUGCGGAGGAAUUUCGUCCUAGCCGUGAGAGCACGGAGCGGGGAGAAGGACGACGACCGAGAGGGGCCGCGGGGAGCGUGCUCGGAGCCGGGGUCUCGCCAGGCCUCGGGCCCCGCCGGCCUGGCCCUGCCGUCGGCAGGGAGAUGGAAGGCUUGAUGUCUAGCUCCGCUCUGCCACCCUUAUUUGCAGAUGAAGAUGGCUCCAAGGAAAGUCACGAUCUGAAUACGACUGGGCUAGCGCACCCCGAAGUGCCCUAUGGCAGUGGAGCCACGUCGUCCGGCAACAAUCCAGAAUUUGUAGAGGAUCUCUCCCAGAGCCAGCUGCUUCCGAGUGAGUCUUCAAACGCUGCAGAAAGCAGCGAGCAGAGACAAGAAGAUGAGCAAAGAAGUAAACGUGGAGGUUGGUCCAAAGGGAGAAAGAGGAAGAAACCUCUUCGAGACAGCAAUGCACCCAAGUCCCCACUUACGGGCUACGUUCGUUUCAUGAACGAGCGUCGAGAGCAGCUUCGUGCGAAAAGACCCGAGGUCCCAUUUCCAGAAAUCACCAGGAUGUUGGGCAAUGAGUGGAGCAAACUGCCUCCUGAAGAGAAGCAGCGCUACCUUGACGAAGCAGACAGAGACAAGGAGCGGUACAUGAAGGAGCUGGAACAGUACCAGAAGACGGAAGCCUACAAGGUCUUCAGUAGAAAAACCCAGGACCGUCAGAAAGGCAAAUCUCACAGGCAAGAUGCAGCCCGACAGGCCGCUCAUGAUCAUGAGAAAGAAGCAGAAGUAAAAGAGAGAUCUGUUUUUGACAUCCCUAUAUUUACUGAGGAAUUUCUGAAUCACAGCAAAGCGCGCGAGGCGGAGCUCCGCCAGCUUCGCAAGUCCAACAUGGAGUUCGAGGAGAGGAACGCGGCCCUACAGAAGCACGUGGAGAGCAUGCGCACGGCCGUGGAGAAGCUGGAAGGGGAUGUGGUCCAGGAGCGGGGCCGUAACGCGGUCCUACAGCAGCACCUGGAGAGCCUGCGGCAGGUGCUGGCCAGCAGCUUCGCCAGCAUGCCCCUGCCUGGAAGUGGAGAGACUCCCACCCUGGACACCAUUGACUCUUACAUGAACAGACUGCACAGCAUUAUUUUAGCAAAUCCCCAAGACAAUGAAAACUUCAUCGCCACUGUCCGAGAGGUGGUGAGCAGGCUGGACCGUUAGGACCGGUGUUAGGUUCCAAAAUGGGGUUUGAAGACCGGGUAAGAAAUUUAGAAGAAACCAUACCCAACCAGUUGUCAGAACAAAAU